AUGAGACUUAUUUCUAUGCAUGUCCUGAAAUGGAAUGCUGAGAAUCCUAUUUUUUUGUCUUCAGCAUAUGAAUUAGGAUUUAUUAGUUGGUACUAGAGAUCAUUUUUUAAAGAAGGAUUAAUUUUUGGAGUGAGAACAAUCACAGGACGUGUUCAAUAAGGCACCAGGACUGCUAUUAAAUUAGAUGAAGCAAAAGCUAUUGCAUAUGUAGUUGUAUAAAAUAAUAGAGCAGUAGUUAUAGUUUGUGAUGAAGAAUACCCUUAGAAUGUUCCUUUUAUUAUAAUUAGAGAAAUAUUUUCUGAAUUAGAUAAAAUUAUUACUAAUGAAUAAGUGGGAGAACUUAAAGAAGAUACAAAUAUCAAUUUUGAAAGACUCUAAGUAAUGGUCAAAGAAUAUUAAGAUUAUAAGAAAGCUGAUAAGUUAGCUCAGUUAUAGAGUAACUUAUAAGAACUUUAGGAAAUCACUUUUAAAGUAAUGACAGAUUUAGUUAAAAAAGGUGAGGAUUUAAAAGUACUUAUGGAAAAAAGUAAAGAUUUAAGUUAGGUUAGCGUUAAUGUUUAUAAAUAAAGUAAAAAAUUUAAUUCAAGAUGCUGUGUUUUAAUUUGA